AUGCGGAAGACAGCAGUCACAUUGAUGCCUGCACUGCUCUUUGUAGCCUUUGGUACGGCGGAACCAUCGUCUUUGGCAGAAGUAGCAAGCAUGCAGGACAUUCGCUUAAUGCUAGAGGAUGUAAAAUCUCACUUGGGCCGUUUUAAUACGCACUAUCUUGUUAAUCUUGAACAACGAAUUGUUUCGCUUCUUACAACCAUGACGAGCAUAGACGUGAACGUGAAAACUUUACAGGAAAAAUCGCAGAUUUGGGACGUAUUUCAACAUCACAUCGGAGCCUGGAGUGAACAUAUCAAAUCUGUCGACAAUAAGCUUGAUAUAUUGAAGAAAACUCACGAAACACCCUCGGCAUCACUUGAAACGCGACUAUCAAAUCUUGAUUUUAAGAUUCAACACAUUUUUGAAAAAGUUGACACCAUCAAUGAAAAGCUACAUGACAUCACGAAGACUGUGUACGCACUUUCAAGCAGCAAUGCAAAUUUUCGUGGACGCCGGAAUGAUCGUUUGGAAGCGUCCGAACAAGCUGGGAUUCUCACAAAAAUCGGACAGCUGCAGAAGCAAAUAAAUCGCCUAGAAAGCAGUGGCAAUGGUAACAAUUGUCAAGGUAAACCCACUGGACAGAACGGCAGUCAAAAGGGGCAAGGCGUAACUGCAAAGUUUAAAAAGGAUGUAUCCGAUUCUGACGAAGAAAUGGAUGACUGGCUGGAUAAACUGACUACCAAAAAGCUUCGCGAGAUGGUUUCGAAUCGCAAGCAGUGCCGUUCAUUUGACGUACUGACUGGAAUGGUUCGAUCUAUCGAAGACCGUACGGUACGAAUUUAUGACUUGGAAGCUAAUCAGUUCGAACAAAUUGUGUCCUGUUGUCAGCGUACGAACAACGAAAUAACAACGUUUACAAAUAGCGCAGACAUACUUUUAAAACGAAUCGAACAUUUGGUACUGGACGUCGAUAGAAAAGUGGAGAAACGAAACAGUCUGCAAUGUGUGAAACAGAAACCAAAUUCCGAGCUGGACGUAGCAUCCAACGGAGAGAGUAACAACACUCUCUUGGAAAAUAUGGAUACCCUAUCGCACGUGGAUCUUGGAAGUGGCAGUGAGGAAUCCAGGGCAGAUAUGAACAUCAUAAGUACAUCAUCGAUUGAGCAACAGGAAGAAAUAAGUUUCCACCAUCCAGAUAAAGAUGGAUGUCAUCAAAUAUUAAAACGAAUUGAUGGUGUGUAUACUUUUGCCGAAGUAGAGCUCAAUGAGGCUAGACGAGACUUCAACAGAAGAUAUUGCCAAUUCGCUACGGCUGGUCCUGCAUGGACUGUUUUACAACGCCGUGAUUUGUAUGAUUUGCAAGAGAAUUUCAAUCGCUCUUGGAAUGAAUAUAAAUAUGGAUUCGGUGAUUUGGGAUACGAGUUUUGGCUGGGAAACGAGUUUAUCCAUAGAUUGAGCUAUAACGACAACGUUGAGCUAAGAAUUGAGCUGCAGGAUUUUGAAGGGAAUAAGGCUUAUGCAGAGUACCGCUCGUUUGGAGUUGAAUCGGAAAAGUUCAAGUACAACUUGAUGGUUUAUGAUUACCACGGCAAUGCCUCUGACGCUCUUUCUUACCACAAUGAUAACGAUUUUAGCACAUAUGAUCGUCCAAACGACAAAUCAAAUGAACAUUUUCCUUGCGCUCUUACUUUUGGAAGUGGCUGGUGGUUUAACAGUUGUGCUGAAUCGAAUUUGAAUGGAAAAUAUUACUUAGAGAACCCGCAAAACCAAUCAACUGGUAUACUGUGGGAAUCCUGGCUGGGUAACUAUUCGCUAAAGUCUGCAAAAAUGAUGAUUCGUCCAAAGGAUACUUGGAACAAAGAUGAAGACCCGUCAGAAACCGAUAAACCAAUCGACCCAUAA